CCUCCGUCCCUCAUAACAUCCCAAACCAGAACAACCAAGCUCCCUAUUCUUCGAUCCAUACAUCAAUGGCUUCUUCCACCGCCUCUCGCAACUCAAGCUCCGGCUGGUCGAAGAGCCAGAACAAGCUCUUCGAGCGAGCCCUCGCCGUGUACGACAAAGACACGCCUGAUCGAUGGCAAAACGUCGCUCGCUUUGUCGGCGGCGGAAAGUCCGUCGACGAUGUACGGCUCCACUAUGAACGCCUCCUCGAAGAUGUGCGCAGAAUCGAGUCCGGCCACGUCCCAUACCCCAACUACCGUUCCACUGGAGGCAAUGAAGAGCAAAGUCACAGGUUCCUGAACUACAACUGAUGAAGCUGGAAGUAAACAAGGGCCAUUGCAGGCUAAGUGUGAAGACUAUAUAUAUAAUAUAGUUAGAUUCAAGCAGAAGUACUAAGAUUAGCUGCUGGCCAUGGCUUAUGUUAGUAAUUAAACUGAAGGUUGUAGACAUGUUUGUAUUAAGGCUAGCUAUUGUAUCUACUUGUAUUUGCAUUUUGUAUUCAUCAAAAACCUGCAUGCUUGUCGUAUAUGUGUCAUUGAAGACUAAGCAUUUCAUUAUGAGAAUUGCUAGUAUUCUCUACGUGUACUGUAGCUUGUAUUAUUUGCUUAAGGUGAUUAUAUUUGUCACAUAUUUAUUAAA